AUGGAAGAAAUAUACAUGAAAGUCGAAAUACCCAAAGGUAGUUCUAAUAAAAUCGAAUAUAAUAAAACUAAAAAAAGGUUUGAAUUGGAUAGGGUUUUGUCCGCGGCCAUGUCUUAUCCAGGAGAAUAUGGUGUUAUUGAAGAAACAUUGGCACUAGACGGAGAUGAAUUAGAUGUUAUUUGUUUAACCAUUCAACCUACUUUUUGCGGGCUUUAUGUUCCGAUACGAAUUAUUGGAGUUCUAAAAAUGGUUGAUAAAGGUGAACAGGACGACAAACUAUUAGCGGUAAAUGCUGGUGAAUCCGAAUUAAGCCAUAUUCAAAAAUUAGCGGAUGUUCCUCUCCCGACGAAAGAGAAAAUUAAACAUUUUUUUGCUCGCUAUAAAGAUUUAGAAGGUAAAAAAGUAGAAAUAGGAGAAUUUGAAAGCAAAGAACAAGCCGAAAAGUUAUUAAAAGA